UGUGUGUGUGUGUGUGUGUGUGUGUGUAUGUAUGUAUGUAUGUAUGUAUGUAUGUAUGUAUGUAUGUAUACGUGCUCUGGCUAUAGCUAGAGAAGGGAAUUUUGCCAACGCUGUUUAAUCUCUUGGUUCUUCUGGUACAGCUGCUCCAAACGAUAUGGAGGCUCUUGAUGAGCUGCUUCGUCGCCAUUUUCAACAUGAUCUAAUGGAUUGGUCUAAUGACAUUCCUCUGUCACUUACUGUCUCCUCAGAUUCUGUGCUUGCCGCUCUUCGUGGAUUUUCCAAAGCUUGUAGCCCUGUAGCUUCUCAAUUGCGGUGUCAACACCUGCUAUAUACUAUUGAUCAGAAUACCUCACUAUCUGCUAAGAAUUGCCUUGACAGUUUGAUUGCUUUGUUUCCUUUUGUCUGGCAGAGCAGAUGUUCGUAUUGCCCUUUGGUCAUGUGGUGCACUUAUAACCGCACUCUUCUAAAAGCAAGGAGCAAGGAAAGUUGUCUCACAAGAUGUUUUCCUUCCUUACGGUCAAGUUGGAGUUGGUACUCGUGGAGGAUUGGGAAUGAUCCUGAUUUAUGUUGCCUGAAGGUUGAUUUUCAGAAUGCUUUCAACGAAUGCUGACACUCUCCUUUCUUGCAGACUAAAGAAAGAGUUUCCCUCAAUUUUUGCGUGGGCACAGUGGUGCUACCAUUGUGAAGGUUGGUUGCAUUUUGGUGGUCAUUCUAUCAAGUCAUCAGGUGGAGUGCAACAAGGAGACCCUCUUGGCCCACUCUUGUUUUCUUUGUCAGUCCUGGAACUAUUAGACAAUGUUAGCUCCACACCUGAUCUCAACCUUCAGAUUUGGUAUUUGGAUGACAGGACUACCAUUGGUCCUCGUUUGGUGGUUUCUUCUCUCUUGGAUCGCUUGUUGGU